GCUGGGGGUGCGGAUGCCUGUCCCGCUGGCUGCCUGUGCCGCAGGCUGCCCAGUCCCUGGGAGGCGCUUCUGCGGAUGGCCCGAUUGCGGCAGGCGGGCCGCAGAGUGGCCUCGGGUCUCAUAUCAAGAAAGAGUGAAAAAGAAAAGUAGUUAGAGAAAGAACACAAGAAGAAAGAUGAGGACCACCAGUGGCUUUUCCAGGGCCACAUUUGCAAGAAUGCUCUUCUCACAGGAACGUGGGUUCCCCUCGGAUGUUGGGCCCUAACCCAGUAUGGAUUCCUCAUGCCCACCAAUCUUGGUAGACAUCUCUUGGCUGGAGAUGGUUGUUCUGAUAAUGUCUGGGAAAGAUGCAUUUCCUUGAAGCAACUGGACUAUCAGGGACUUCUCCGAGCCAACACAGACACUUACAGGCAAACAGCAAGGUGCCGAUACUGGUCUGCUGAUUUCAAUUUAGGAAGAUGAGCGACUGUCCAGGCUCUGACCGCAGCACCAUGAUUGCCUGCACUGACUAAAGCCAUCCCCAGGACCUGGGCGGGCUCAUGGGAUGAGGGACUUGCAUUCACAGAGAGCCGAGAUGACCAUGACUGCCAACAAGAAUGCCAGCAUCACCCACGGAGCCGGAGGCACUAAGAACCCCCGGGAGACCCUGGGCCGGUCUCAAUCGGUUUCUCCACCUCCAGUGCUCUCUCCACCAAGAAGCCCUGCCUACCCACUCAGCCACAGUGAAAAUUCAGCCAGCAGCUCCCCUCCUGGCCCUGGCUCCCAACUCCUCCUCAAGGACUGGAGCCCCCAGGCCGCCUCUCCGGACAGCUCCUCUGAGCUGUGCCUGGACAGCCAACCCCCUAGUCACCACGUCAAGGCCGCCAGCAUCGGCCGCUUGGACAACAGACUCUCGGUGUGCGAAGGAGAAGACCAGAAGGAGAACCUCCAGGGGGAGGCCCAGAAUGGGGAGGAGGUAGCCGGCCGGCCCCUCGCCCAGAGCACGCCAUCCCUGGGUCCGUCGGCCUGCCUGCGGAGCAUCCCGCGGGGCCGCCCUGGCACUCGCAGCCUGGGUAUCCGGGAGAAGAUCUCAGCAUGGGAAGGCCGCCGAGAGGCCUCGCCCAGGAUGAAUGUUUUUGGGGAGAAGAGGGAGGGCCCCAGGAGCGACCGGGCAGCCAGUGAGGGCUGCCCCAGCGUGCUGCCCUCCCCCUGCAGCUCAGACAAGACCUUUGAUUUCAAGGGCCUCCGGAGGAUGAGCCGGACCUUCUCAGAGUGCUCCUACCCUGAGACGGAGGAGGAAGGGGAGUCGCUACCUGAGCGGGACCCCUGCCACCGGCUGGAGAAGCGGCCCAGCCGCAGCGACACCAGCGCCUUCCUCAGGGGCCAGGGCCGCAAGGAGAGCUCAGCCGUGCUGAGUCGAAUCCAGAAGAUCGAGCAGGCCCUGAAGGAGCAGCCUGGACGGGGGCUCCCCCAGCUCCCCAGCAGCUGCUACAGCGUGGAUCGAGGGAGGAGGAAGACCACCGCCCUGGGCACCCUUAGCACCUUGGAGGAGUCGGCGGGGAUCCCCGGGGGUGGUGGCCGUGGAGUGGGUGCUGUUGGGAUUGGGGGUGAGGCAGGCCCACCCCCAGAGAGUGAGGGAGGUGGCCUCUGUAAACUGGAGCCACCCCAAAGCAGUCCCACCCCCAAGGUGCUCCCUGAGAGCCCCCCAGACCUGGACGUGAACCCCGUCCCUAAGCCCAAACGCACCUUUGAGUAUGAGGCUGACAAAACCCCCAAGAAUAAGCCGAGCAAUGGUCUACCUCCUUCACCCACACCUGCUGCUCCCCCACCUCUGCCCUCCACCCCGGCCCCCCCAGUCACCAGGAGACUCAAGAAAGACUCCCGCUUUCACCGCAAGUCCCAGAGCAGAAAAUCCUUUGAGUUUGAGGACGCAUCCAGUCUCCAGUCCCUGUACCCCUCCUCCCCCACCGAGAACGGUACUGAGAACCAGCACAAGUUUGGAUCCAAGAGCACUUUAGAGGAGAAUGCCUAUGAGGACAUUGUGGGAGAUCUGCCCAAGGAGAAUCCAUAUGAGGGGGACUUAAAGGGCCGGCGGGCAGGACGACAAAUCCAGCAACUGUCUGAGAACUCCCUAGACUCUUUGCACAGGAUGUGGACUCCCAGGACACGGAAGUACCACUCUCCUCCGCCACAGCUCUCCCUGAAAUCGGGCAGUCAGUCUUUGCGCAUCGGGAACUGGUCCGAGAGGAAGGGCCACCGGUUGCCGCGGUUACCCAAGAGGCACAGCCACGAUGACAUGCUGCUGUUGGCCCAGCUGAGCUUGCCUUCCUCACCCUCCAGCCUCAAUGAAGACAGUCUCAGUACCACGAGCGAACUCCUCUCAAGCCGCCGUGCCCGCCGCAUCCCUAAGCCGAGUGGCAAAGGGCCUCGCCUCCCCGAGGUGUACUGCGUCAUCAGCCGCCUUGGCUGCUUUGGCUUGUUUUCCAAGAUCCUUGAUGAGGUGGAGCGCCGUCGAGGGAUCUCGGCCGCCCUGGUGUACCCCUUCAUGAGAAGUCUCAUGGAGUCACCCUUCCCCGCUCCAGGAAAAACCAUCAAAGUGAAGACCUUCUUGCCUGGUUCAGGAAACGAGGUGCUGGAGCUGCGACGGCCUAUGGACUCGCGCCUGGAGCAUGUAGACUUUGAGUGUCUGUUCACCUGCCUCAGCGUGCGCCAGCUCAUCCGUAUCUUUGCCUCUCUGUUGUUGGAGCGGCGUGUUAUCUUUGUUGCAGACAAGCUCAGCACCCUGUCCAGCUGUUCCCAUGCAGUGGUGGCCCUGCUGUACCCCUUCUCCUGGCAGCACACCUUCAUCCCUGUGCUACCAGCCUCCAUGAUCGACAUUGUCUGUUGUCCCACCCCUUUUCUGGUCGGUCUGCUCUCCAGUUCCCUCCCCAAACUGAAGGAGCUGCCUGUGGAGGAGGCCCUGAUGGUGAAUCUGGGAUCUGAUCGAUUCAUUCGACAGAUGGAUGAUGAGGACACCCUGCUGCCUAGGAAGCUACAGGCGGCUCUGGAGCAGGCUCUGGAGAGAAAGAAUGAAUUGAUCUCCCAGGACUCUGAUAGCGACUCCGAGGAUGAGUGUAAUACCCUUAAUGGGCUGGUAUCUGAGGUGUUUAUUCGUUUUUUUGUGGAGACCGUGGGGCACUACUCUCUGUUCCUAACUCAGAAUGAGAAGGGGGAAAGAACCUUCCAGAGGGAGGCCUUCCGAAAAUCUGUGGCCUCUAAGAGCAUCCGUCGCUUCCUGGAGGUUUUCAUGGAGUCUCAGAUGUUUGCCGGCUUCAUCCAGGACAGAGAGCUAAGAAAGUGUCGGGCCAAGGGCCUGUUUGAGCAGCGAGUGGAGCAGUAUUUAGAAGAACUCCCCGACACAGAACAGAGUGGGAUGAAUAAAUUUCUUCGAGGGCUGGGCAAUAAAAUGAAGUUUCUUCACAAGAAGAAUUAACGCCCCCCCCCCUCACCACCAGGAGACUAUUUAUCAGAUUGAGCAGAGAGCCCAGUGCCCACAGAGCCAGGCGCAGCAAAGAUGGGGUCUCUCUCCCCCGCUGCUGGCACGGAGUUCCUGCUUCCUACCCCCGCUGACCACAGCUGCCAAGCCCCAUCCAUGCCCAGGAUGUCCCAGGAUGUGCCAGAAUGCGUGUUUGUAAAUAAUCCGCUGCAAGCUUCCGGAACUGGUUUUGUAACGAGCAAGGAGAAGGGUGUUAAAUAUUUGUAUAUUCCCGGGAGGACCAUGCCAUAGCAUGGAUCCGGUUUUGCUUGGUGCCAAUGAUUGGCCAUUUGUGUGCAACUGACUGUCUCAGCCGAACCACUGACCUUUCCCUCAGAGGAGUCUGUCGCUUGGCCCAGACCUGUGGCAGAGGGACUUGGUUGCCCGAGGCCCCUGCUCCGGAUCUUAGGCCUCAGAGGGCAGGGAAGCCAUGGCGUUGGUGCAAGAGGACUGGUUUUUAUCUUACAGAGUUUCUAUUUUUCUCUAGUUUUCUUUCUAUCUCAUUUGGAAACACCAAGGCCAGCCAGGCCACAUUCGCAGCAAGGUACUUGGUUCCUAGACACUCACACCCAUGUCCCCGGGCCUCCCUCCAUUCCAAAUGAUGACCAGUGAGCUGUUGGGAGCCCCUGCCUCUCCACAUCAUGACUGCUGGACACCAACUGGCCCCUGUUUGCCCUUUCUUCCAACCAGCAGCGGUGGCCAUUUGGUACAGUGUGUCUGUUCUCCACAGUGUACGGGUGUUCCCAAUAAAUGGUGUACAGUUGUCUGGG